UGAAGUUAUAUGUAUAGUUACACUAGGGGCCGUCACGCGCUACGUGUUUACUUGAUGCGAGACACUACGGUGUCUCUUGAUAAAUAAAUAAUUUAUUUUCCUCCUGCUUUUUCAUAAUCCUUAAAGCUAGAUGAGUGAACGUUUGUCGUUUUAAAAAAUAGGUCGCAAUCUACAUAAGCUUAAAAACUUUGUUCUAUUCAUAAACUGUCCCAAGAUUUUCCUAAACCGAUCUGAAUUUAAAGUUAGUAUAACAUGUUCAAAUUUGUACAUGAAUUACAACGUAGAUAUUAUAAAGAAAUAGUAUCUAUGAUCUUAUUUUGCGAAGCGUUAGUUGUAAAUCUAAAAUUGUUAGAGCAAUACCAACUAAUGACAAAAGAUAUAGCUUAUUUUUAUAAAAACAAGAAAUAUUAAAUAGUGAAACAUUAAAUGGAAAUCAGGUUCUCCUAAUAUUAAACGCGCGGACAAGCGUAACAGUGGAAAUCGUAUAAACCGUGAAUUACCAACGAACAAACGGGUAAUCAAUUGAUAGCCCGUUUUAGGCCGGCCACUCAGUCCAACCCACAGCUGAGUAAUAGUGGAUAAGCGUAUAUAAUUUACGUUCAUACGUAACGCGGCACAAUAGCGUCGUGCCGUAGCUACAGGUUCACGGAAUAAGUGACUGUUGAUCUUGCCGCUGCGAGCUUCGGAUUCCCUUGUUAUAAGUUUACAUAUUGUGAAAAAAUAACGGUGGUGAACCUAUUGAGAGAUUGAGAUUAGGACGAGCACAACAAGACUGAUGCUGUUUACGUUAGCGUGCCCAGUUUGAUUUCUUGAUAAAAUUGUGCCACUAACAAGAUAGUCAUGCCAUGUACUUCCGCCGGAGGAUAUAUAAAACCGCACGCGCGUCUACACCCGCACGCAGAGUAGUGUUGUUUGUCCGAUUGCAAAAAUGCGAGCACUCUCAAGCGUCUUGCUGUUGCUUCUCAUCUGCCAGCUUGCUACGUCGACACCGAUUUUCGAUAGAGAUGGAACAGGUUUUCGUGGCCGAUCAACUGGAUUCGGUGAAACAAUACGAGAUUGGUUCAAAGUACUCAAGGAUCGAAUCGUGGGAAAAUGGCGAGAGUGGUUCGGAGGAGACAGUCCAGCCCCAAAUUUCACACCGCAGGAUAUUUUGAACAUCGAUAAGACCAUAGAAGGUCGUAUAUCGGGCUACCCAGGCAUUUUUGUAGAUUUAUCUAGGCUAUCUUUUGACCCAAAACGAGAUUGGGGCAUCCGGAUCGGUAACUGGUACAUCAUCCGGAAAGUUACAGGCAAUGACUACGACAGUGAUUCUGAUGAGUGGGACAUGAAACCCUUCAUGCCGAAUCUACCCGAUUGGACGCCUGAUUUCCGCAAACUUCCAACUGACAUUCCUAAACGAAUUCCAACUACGCCGAAAAUCGAAUCGACUACCUCGAGACAGUGGACGACCCAAACUGUUACUCAAACGCAAUCAGUCGCAACUUCUACCGAAUCGGCUGUAACUACUACUGAGGCUACCGUAACUUCUACCGAAUUGAUUCCACCUACUACCCAGUUAAUUACAACUUCAAAUUGGCCCAUUGUUGAGCCGACGUCAUCUGAAGAAAUUCUAACUUCUAGUGAAUCUGUUGUAACGAAUAGUGAACCGGUUACAGUGUCUACUGAAUCUACGUCAACAUCUACCGAAUCAAUAAUUAUUGGAACAACUGUUCCAUCCAUUGAGACUAAUGUGCCUUCCUUCGAAUCGAUAUCAUCCACUGAGCCUGCUUCGACUUCUGUUAAAUCAAUCGAAACAUCUACUAAAAUCACUACUGAAGAAGCAGUUAUGACGUCCACUGAAGAAUUAAUUGCUAUUACUACUACUGAGUCACCUACAACGUCUACCGAAUUAAUCUUACCUGUCCUCAAUAAGCGAGUAGAAGACAAUGAAACCAUCAAUAAGCCACGUAUUACGACAAAGAAACCUCGUCCAGCAUCUGCCGAAGUCAUAAUGUGAAAUAAAUUACCCAUCAUCAGGAAAUAAAUUCAGGUGUAUUUUCACGAGAUGUCAAGAGAAAUGUAACAAAUAGGUUUUCAUCAAGAAGAAUACAUGUUUAUUCCGUAAAAUUUAUUAUAAUUACACACAGCUAUUCCAUAGUAAAAUAUAAUAACUUUUACGUCGAUGAGUCUUCAAGAUGGCUUCUUUUACUGUAAUAAAAAAAAAUAAUUUUGAAUAUAUAUUAAAAAAAAUUUUUUUCUUAUUUAAAAUCAACUGUUCAACAUGCACAUAACAAAUUUUACGAUUAUGUACAAAUUGUUAUACAAAUACAAUAGCGCACAUAUAUGUAUAUGUAA